UUAAAAUCUCUCUGGGUUUAAAUGUGUAGUUAAGCUUCUGCACACUGACAGAAAGGGGAGUUUCACUGGUACGGCCCACAUAAGAUCAAAGUAACGUGUAUGUGGUCCAUGAUGUAAAAUUAAUUUGAUACCUGUGCUCUAAACUCUAAAUAGCAAAUGAUGAUAAUACAUUUUUGCACUUAAGUACACUUCCUGUCAGGGUGUGAUGGGGAAACAAUAGCCUUUACAAUACUGAUGAGGUUCACCCUCCCUGAGCUCAUCCACUUCUCUGCUCUCAAGCAGGUACAAGCCUGGAAGCGAAAGCGAGAAUCCCAUACCGAUGGCUUAUCUUAACUGCUUCAAUAGACUUAAAGUAUCCCCCUAUUGCGCUCUGAAACAGUGUCAGCCACUUGACCUACUUCUCACUCUCGCCGCAAACGCCUGGAAUCGGUGCACGAUGAGGGCCUCUGAAACCUUGCCGCUCGCCAAGGUCAGAAAGAAUGUGAAAUGUCAAGUUGAAGCCAGAGGAAAGCAGGGGGAGUUGAAUGCAUCUGAAGCGAAGGGCUGUUCAUCUGGAGUGCAGCCACCGCUUCCCUGUUUUUGCAAAUUAAUCAUCAUUAUUUAAUUGCAUCACACCCUGCUUCCAUCAGUGACAGAGCGAGGGAGGUAGAGCCAGGAGCAGCUGAAGGCACAUGAUGUGGAGGCUAAUCCAGAGCAACAUAGUACAGAUUUUUAUUAACUCCUUAAAGUGCGGCUGGAUGGGGAUGGUUAAAGCUGCAGUAACAUAAGCAGACUGUUUUCUUCUGCCUUGAAGAGCAGGAUUCCUCUGGAUCUUGGCUCCGUCCACCUGAGCGAGUAAAGUCAACACUUCCACUAUAUUUUUCCUUCUGUGGCUUCAGCAGUUUGACGAGAGCGGGAAAGUAAUGCUAUAUCUGUUUCUCCUAGUCGCAUACACUGCUCUGUUUUUACUGUGUGUAACUUCAUCCCCCUUGAGUCAAGCAUUCGAAUAAACUGUGCAGGCUGAUUAAUUAAUAAGGUCUGCUCAACCACGAGCCUGUGGGAGAGGCUAUCAUUGAACUCGCGAUGCAGCUGUUUGUCAGGAGCUAUCAUAUCAGAUUCUGGUAGCUACAGGGAUAAAACACAAGAUCCAAGAAUUAGAGUUUGAUUUCAAUCCAUGAAGAAUUGAUAUAUUCUGUUUCCAACCUUGCAUUUAUAUGCAGCCCAUGAGCUGAAUGUGGUGUGACAGAGUACCCACAUUACAUGCACUCACUCAGGCAGCAUCUGUCUCCACUUCAGAGGUGAGAAUGAAGUUGAAAUACUAUCUUGACUGCUGACUAAAUUGCCUGUGUGAUAUCUCUCUGAGUGACAAAUUAGGUGUUUGUACUUGCUUACCUUCUCUGUUAAAAUACCCAUCAUUCAUCAGCGUGAUACCCAAGAUGGCUCUCGCUGUGGGAAGAGGACCCAGAGGCAGAGAUUCACAUUUUAUCCCACCACUUCCUGCACCAGCAAACGCUAGGCCUGCGUUUGCUAGCUGCAGAUUUCAUCCAGAUGCAGAGUGAUGUGUAUACAUGCGUGUGUGUGUGUGAGGUCCACAUGCGUAUAUCUGGCCCCACUUAUUUCCUAUCAGUAUACUUAUCUGACUUGGAUACACACAGACAGAUCCAUAGUGAUGGAAAAGUGUUAGUGCCUUUACACUCUGACCUCUGACCUGUGGGCAACUCCCCUACAGAAAUCCCCCUGGGGUGUAGUAACAUCGCCCUCAAGGGAGAAUGAAUAAAGAUGGAGAGGAAAGAACAGGAAGAGGUGAAGCAGGCUUGUCUGAGUCACAAGCUUUGGCAUCCGAUAAAGUGUCUUGUAAAUAUGACUUGUUUGUCAAUGAACGCAACCUUCGGAGUAUUUCAAGGACUUAGUAAAACGAUUUGCACCCCCUUUGGAGUUCAAAGUAGGUCCGUGCUUUUGGCUGUGGUGGGGUAGAGGUUGCUCUUAUGCAAUGGAAAAAAAAAAAAGAGGAAAAGAGACCGGUUUUCCUGUUAGGGGGGCUUUUUGGGAAAACCGCGGCUCUGCCUACCGCAGCCAACCUUCAAAGGGUUUUAAAGGAGCGUUCACCUCUCUUCUCCUUAAAUCCUUCCAUGCCUCUGAACGAGUUACUUCCUCUCAUACCCAGAAACGGCUCACCUGCCUCUCAAGCUGCGGUCUGGGUUGUGCUUAUGUCCAUGGGAAAUGUUCCGUAGGGCAGCCCUCCAGUCCAACCGCUUCCUGAAAACACCACACUUUGGGAAGUUCAGCAUUUCUCACAUGUCUGUAUUAUCGCUGUAAUCCUGCUACUUGAUAGCUUUCAUCCACUGUUAAAGGAAUUUGUUAGUCUGCCCGCCAUCGUGGUCCGAGGAUAUGAUCCAUCUUUUUUGCCCUCUCUCUCUCUCAAGCUCAUCUUGACAGCACAUGUAGGGGAAAUAUUUCUUGUAUUUGAAAACAGAUCACAGCGUGACAUAGGUGGCUAUAAAUUUUUGGACGCCGGUCCUUGUACUCCAAACUUUUACCCUGUCAGCUAAAAAUCCAGAAGAAAAGUUGUUCCUCGUGGGAGCUUCAUGGAGAUUUUUUUUUUUUUUUUUUCAAGAAAAUAGUUCCACAUCCUGUAACACAACAUACUUAUGUUCAGAAUGAUCCAUGAUCCAUUUGGCUGUGACUCAAAUAGAUUCAGAGUUUGUAACUGCUAACUCAGAUACUUUAUUUUGCAGUGUGAUUUAAGGUUGACCUUUCUGUAGGAUUUAGUCUUAAAAUCAGUUAUUUUACCACAGAUGUUUGGUUUGUGUCACUGACUAAAUGUUUUUUAAAAAAAGGUCAAAACUAAAAAAGAAAUUAUUUAAAUGCAUCAUAUUUUAUUAUAUUUUUUUUAACUGUAGAGCUCAUACUCGUCUUCACCCUACUUACUGUGUUUUCUUCUCGCUUUUUAUGCGUGCAGUCACAUUUAAAAGUGAAGCAGAAAACACAUGAGUCGGAUGUGUGGAGGCUCUAAGUUGGAAAAACAACUAAAACCAAAGGUCUUGUGUAUUCAUUUGAUGUGUAUUUUUGCCUGUUUCUGUUCUCACAGUUUAACCCUCUUUAAUCCCGUGUAAAUUCAUGAGUAAUGCCUAAAACUUUCUGCCUGCUCAUGUCCUCUCCACUCCCUUACGCUUCUCGUUUUCUCACCGAGAGCAGGCUCACCUCACUGAACCCUCUUUUUAACAGACAAAAAUAUACAACAAGGUGUCAUAUCAGCAAUUUUCGGGACUUUUUCCACUAAAUACAAGGAUCAGCAGCUCAGUACAGCUUCCCGUCCAGAGUCUGUGAGAGCCGUCUUAACUUCUCUGUCUGUCGUCUCUCCUCCUGUUUGGUUCUGGAUCAGGUUCUGUUGAUUUAAAGAACUGCUGUCAGACUCGGGGCCGGCGGUGUGGGCUGGGCCAGAGAAGCUGCUGCAUUCCUCUGCUGGGCGUUCAGGGUUUCUCCCUGUGGUGUCUCUUUCUGUCAGAUAGAAAGGAAAGGCUCUGGUCAGCCUGAAGCGAAGGGUCACUGAGCUCAGACACUCUUCUUCCACUGACUCACAAAUUACACACUCACGGGGGGGGAGUCACACACUGACACAUCAGUGCAACGACACAGAAACUCAGUUUACACACUUGGGAAAACACACAUACCCUCAUCCUUGCACAUAGACAUCCAAACACAGGCCCCUUGAGCAGGAUGAGGGAACCUUGGAGGUACCUGCUGGGCCUGUGCCUCCUGGCAUGCUCAACCUUCACCCACAGUGCCGCUAAUCCCUUCACAGGACAGCAGACUCCUCCAGACCCCUGCUAUGAUGACACCGGUGCAGCACGCCGGUGUAUCCCUGAGUUUAUCAAUGCUGCCUUCGGCAAGGAGGUGAUGGUUUCCAGCGUUUGUGGCCGACCUCCCUCCCGUUCCUGUAGCGUGGUGGAGCGGGGCGACGAGCGGCCUUCUGUACGCACAUGCCAAAUCUGUGACGCAGCCGACCCUCGCCGUGCCCACCCGGCUUCCUACCUCACCGACCUCAACUCGGCCCACAACCUCACCUGCUGGCAGUCGGAGAAUCUGAACACCUCUCCGUACAAUGUGACUCUCACCCUUUCGCUGGGUAAAAAAUUUGAGAUUACCUACGUCAGCCUGCAGUUUUGUUCACCACGACCCGAGUCCCUGGCCAUAUACAAAAGCAUGGACUAUGGCAAAAGCUGGAUGCCCUACCAGUUCUACUCCUCGCAGUGCCGCCGCAUGUACAACCGACCCAACAAAGCAACCAUCACCAAGCAGAAUGAGCAGGAAGCUCUUUGCACAGAUGGUCACACUGACCUUUACCCACUGUCUGGAGGGCUUAUAGCUUUCAGCACUCUGGAUGGACGGCCUUCUGGUAAAGAUUUUGACAACAGCCCAGUUCUUCAGGACUGGGUCACCGUCACUGAUAUCCGUGUGGUCUUUAGCCGGCCGCAGAUGCCCCGGGAGUUGGUACUAGGGGCCGGAGGCAACACUGGAGGGAGGGAUGAUGACCCCAUGGCAGUGACAUCAACACUCCCAACUUAUUUCUAUGCAGUGGGAGACUUCCAGGUGGGCGGGAGGUGUAAGUGCAACGGCCAUGCCUCACGCUGUCUGAAAGACAAGGAAGGUAAACUGGUGUGUGACUGCAAACACAACACGGAGGGACCUGAAUGUGACCGCUGCAAGCCCUUUCACUAUGACCGACCUUGGCAGAGGGCCAAUGCUCGCGAGGCCAAUGAAUGUCUGCCGUGCAACUGCAACCUCCACGCCCGCCGGUGUCGAUUCAACAUGGAGUUGUACAAGUUGUCAGGGAGGAAAAGUGGCGGAGUGUGCAUGAAUUGCCGCCAUAAUACCGCAGGACGCCACUGCCACUACUGCAAGGAGGGCUUCUACAGGGACAUGGCCAGACCAAUCACCCACAGGCGAGCCUGCAAAGCUUGUGACUGCCACCCUGUGGGUGCAGCAGGCAAGACAUGCAACCAGACCACAGGCCAGUGCCCCUGCAAGGACGGUGUCACGGGCAUCACCUGCAACCGCUGCGCCAAAGGGUACCAGCAGAGCCGCUCGCCCGUGGCCCCCUGCAUCAAAAUCCCUGUGGUCAACCCCACAGCUGUCGUGAGCAGCACAGAGGAACCAGCAGAUUGUGAGUCCUACUGUAAACCAGUGAAAGGCAACUUGAAGAUCAACAUGAAGAAAUACUGCAAGAAGGAUUAUGCUGUCCAAGUGAACGUGCUGGACAUGGAGACGGUGGGUGACUGGGCCAAGUUCUCCGUUAGCGUGGUGGCUGUGUACAAGAGCCGGGGCGAACCCUUGAAGAGAGGUGACAACAUCUUGUGGGUACACAUGAAGGACCUUGCCUGCAAGUGUCCCAAAAUCCAGAUGAGCAAACGAUUUUUGGUGAUGGGUGGCGCUGAAGGUGGAACGGGCCCAGGAGCAGGUCCAGGAGUCGGGCCCGGAGGUGGAGCCAGCAGUCCAGGGGCGGAGCGCAUAGGCUUGGUGGCCGAUAAGAACAGCCUGGUGAUCCAGUGGAGAGACGUUUGGACGAGACGUCUGAGGAAGUUCCAGCGCAAGGAGAAGAAGGGGAAGUGCAGCAAAGCAUGAUUGGGAAAAGCAGCGUCCAUCCCUACCUCUCCCUCCACAGCACUCAAUCACAAAUCCUGACUCUUGACUUCUCUUAUCCCCGGCCACUCGAGUCCUUUCUUCUCCUCCAUUGUGGGAACGCUGCACAUUACAAAGACUGCAUGUACCCUGCCUGUUUUAAGGACCACGUUUUGUGUAUAUUGUAUAAUUAUUUUCAUUUUUAUUUUUCAAGUUUUUUUCAUUGUAAGGCCACUUGUCUAUUUGUCCGAUUGGUUUGCCUUAAAAAGGGACCAUUAAAAAGGGUGUGAAGUGUAGACAAAAGCAGGCGCCAUUUCCCCCCCCCUCGACGACGGCAACUGAACUGUCCAACCCCCUGCUAAAAAAUACAACCCCCUGACCUCCACCUGUCAAAACUGCCUGUCUUCUGCCAUUUUAAGGUAUUUCCAUGCAAGACUACCAAUGCUCACCCCUCACUGUUCUCUGAGGAUUUUAUUAUAGAGUGUUUAUCACUUCACAGACUGAUAUCAGCAACAAGACAAGCUACAGAUCUCCAGCUUGGCCACCUCACACUGAUGACCUUCAGAAUUUUCCUGUCAAAACAGGCCUAAUUUCUCAAGGUCUUUGCAGUAUCUUCUUUGGACUAUAGGACUUCUAUGUCCUACGAGGAACCAAGGGCUCCCUUUGCAGGGACAUUUUCCACAGCAAACCUCAGUCACACCACCACUGCUGCUGCCGCCACUACCACACAGCCCUCACAGAAUAAACUGCUCACGUAGGCUCUUAUACGGUCAAGUACCCGAUGUCACUGCUCAUACUAGAGUUUGUAUAUCUUGUGUGGCUACUUUGCUAUCUCAGCCAUCCACAUCCUUAUUUGAGAUGUAUCCCUUUGUUGCAUUGGGCACGAGUGAGUCACAUCGCAGGCCUCUUCACCACUGUUCCCUCUUAUGAGUGGUUUAUAAAGUCACCAUCAUGACUCAUGGCCUGUCACUUUGUGGAAGAUGAAGCGGCGCAGACCGAAUUUCAGAACAAAACCAACUUUUCCAUUGAGACUUUUGCGCUUCGUGGAUAUUCUCUUUGCUGGGUACAGCUCUUCCAGACGUUGCUGUGUGGCCAGCGUCACUUAUGUCUUUAAAAAUGGCCGAACAUUUCAUUGCAUUGACUGAUGAAGACUGGCAGGCUUUUGUUUGCCACAACAAGAGAUUGAAACAAGAGUUCCUUUUUCAUGCAGUAAAAACACAAAAACAAGUUGGAUAAAGAAAAGACGUAGCUGUGUUGUUGGGUUUUUUCGUUUUUGUUUUUCAUUCCUUGCUUAGUAUUUCGACAAAAUGAAUGAGCCUGGAACAUUUUUAGUGCUCACUGAUUGUAUUAUGACAUGAGAGGAUCAUAUUUCAGUCCUCAUGUGCUUUGUUAAGUUUGCAUGUUUGUGGGGUUUUUUCUUUUUUCUUUUGCUGGUCCAUCAAAUCCUUACAGGGAGCAGAGAGAGGUAAACUAAUAUGAGCAUGAAGAUCCAAAGGAAAACUUCCCAGGUCAUCUUCCACCACUUGCCCACCCCAAAUGCAUAACCCUGUCAUGCCUUGCCAAAUAAGAGUAGUCAGUUUUUAAAUUCAAUUAAGAGACUAUGAAAGUCAGGACCAACGAAUUAACCGCAGAGAGACCCAUCUGGUUGCUCUCAAGCUUUUUAUCUGCCUUUUGCAGUUAUUUCAUUUUGUAAACGACUUUACAAUUUAUUUAAAUAGAGUACAAUAUAAACACACAGUUUAGUUGAGGGGCACAUCAAGCUCACAUAGCAUUGAGUGUUCCUACAGGCAUCUCAUGCUAGCUUGUGGUUACGCUCCUUUGGCUUUGGCGGCAUGUUUGGUUUGUCAUUCCUCCAAAAGUGUCUCUCCUCUGCUCUCGUCUGUGUGUCAGCCACAAACUCCCUCCCUCCCCCCCUUCCCCCCCUCCCCGAAUUCUCCUUUUAACCCAUUUUGCAUGUUGUGUAUUUAGUGUUUUAGAUAAGUGAAAGCACAGAAAGAGGCUUCCAGACUCCUCUGUGGUGUAUAGUACUGCACUGUAGUUCUUGUUUUCUGAGAAUGUAAAUCAAUCUGCAAAGAAAAGACACACAGGUAAAUGGUCUGAUUGUGUUUAUGAAGUGUUAUUAGAACUGAGGACGUCUAAUGGCAUGAUAUUUGAUGCUGUUAUGAACUCUGAACAUGACUAGAUGUUGUUCAAAAGAUUGUGGCUCUUCAUGCUUUUCUCUCUCAUCAAGACAUUUUUUGUUUUUGUUUUUUAUAAUACAAUGCAAAAACAAGUUGUAACCAAAAUGAAUUAUAAGCCACCACGACUUCUGAUGUGUGACAAAAAAAAAAAAGUUUUCUAUGGCACUAUGCUGAGGGCACAAAUCCCACUGAUGGAAUUUCUCAAAAAUGCAGAAGCAGUCCUUUAUUUAUGUGUCGGCUGUCCUCUGUGACCUGUCAGACAGGUGGUGUUACAGUAGCACCCGUGUCCGCAUCUUGGUAUGCAAGUCUGGCAUUACAAUGAAUUGUCAAAAUAUUUGCCUCAGCUCCUUGAGCACCCAACACCCUCGUGAAGGAAUUCCACAAAAUUCUUUCUCUUCUAGUUUUCACGUGAUAUGUCACACUAUAGGAACGCUUCCAAAAGAGGCUUUUUCCGAUGCCUGUUGAUCAUUUUUGCCAGUUCAGUUUACCCAAAAUGCUGGAUAGUUCUUAAACUAUACACAUGUAUAACUAUCCUGCCAGCAAAUCUUUAGAGUGUGGCACUGCAUGGGAACACAUUUAGCCUAAGGGCCCCGUUGUACCAGCCAAGCAGAUAAAAGUGUACAAUCAUGUCAGGUUUUACUGCUCACAUGGUCACAGAUCAGACGGACAUGUUGUAAGAUGACUUGGUGGAGAAAAAAGUAUAGAUGGAGGCGAUUUCCCUUAUAUCAGUGCCGAUGCAGAGGUUUUUUUUCAGAGUAGCGACACCUAUUGUUCCGAGGAGUACUGUAGCAGCUUCCUGCACCAUAAAUGUUUAGGACUAUGAUGAUGACGUUGCCUGUGGCGCACAAACAGACCAGCGUGAAAGGUAUACUGAGGCAUCCUGUCAUGCAGCUACUGCGGACAGAUCACACCAAUCCACCACAGCAACUGAUCUUGUCAAUAGCAACAGGAAAUAAGUUUCACUAUAAUGAUGUUAAACAAAAUGUUACUGGUGUGUCACUUCUGCCAUAAAACAUCUGAAGCCAGCAGGUGAUGGAUCACCAUGUGUUAGCUAGCUAGUUUUAGCUAAAGCGCCCUUGCCUUUGUUUUAAUAGUUGAGAGCUUUUUUUACCUUCAAAUCUAAAAGAGCAAAUCAAAUCAAGAUUAAGCAUGUUUGUGCUUUUGCACUGCAGUGUAAAGUGAAGGAAUCUCCACUAAAUGCACUAUAUGGACAAAAGUAGUUUACCUCACACCUACAAGAGCUGCUCAGGUACCAAAAUCCAUGUCGUGAAGCUCCUGGCACACAGCAAACAAGGUUUGCAAAUCUGCAGUUACUGAGUCACAGGUGCACCUUAGCGGUUGCUCUGUAACCUCACAUGGCCUUCCACUUUGUCACUAUUUCUAAACACACCCAUGUUUGCGAUAAUACCACCGAUAGCUUAUCGUAGAAUAUCCAGAAGAGGGGAAAAAUUACAAAUGUGAUGGAUUUCAAUGAGCUCUUUAGAACUGAUCUUUCACAAAUGCUUGUAAACGCAGACUGCGUUGCUAGGUGCUUCAUUUUAUACACCUGUGGCAAUGGGUUUGAAAACACUUGAAUUCAUAAAAAGGUGUGGUCCAAAAUUUUUUAUCCAUGUAGAGUUCAAGUAAAACAUCACCAGAAUGGAGCGGGAUCACAUCUUUGUGUGAAUCCUUUAAAAGGGUGAUCUAAACAUUCAUGGAUUGUAAAAGAUGAAAUAUUUACACGGUUCUCCUGCAGUUCUGUGGAGGGUCUGGUAUGUAAGCUGGAAAAAAAAUACAGUUUUCCCUGCAGGCCUCUGCACAGGUCACAUGAUCGAAAACUACGAACCAGCUUUUCCUUUUCUUAAGUGCCCACCCUGAACAUCGAAAUCAAAAUAGGUUAAAAUUGGCCAGAUUUUGUUUGAGUGGGGGGUUAGGGGGUGGAAGUGUAGCGCUUGUGAAAGCUAUUUUGUGAGCCUCAUAGAGAGAGCCAUCCUGUUGUUUUAUAUUAACAAGCCCAGCAGCUUGGCAGUGGAACUGAGACCAUAACUGCUUCACUUUGCUUCCUCCCCCCUGUGUAUUUUUUUCCACAGCGUUUAUAGCAUUCACAGGUGUGUGAGUUUGUGUGUUUAAUUAACCUUCCCGAGCAAACAAGUGACACACACAACUUGCAGAGAGGUGAGAGGAAACUUAUUUGAAGUUUAGCGUUUUUGGGUGGGGGUAGGGUUCUGAAACGGUCCGUGAUGAAGAAUUAUAUCACACAAAUUUUCUUGGUCAACUUCCCAUUGUUUGUUUUUUGACUAUUAUUUUUUUUUUCUUUGUGCACAUGCGUCAUUUUCAUCCACACAUUUGGCUCGUCCUGAUGCAUUUUUUUUUUAAAUAUUGUAAAUAUGUACUGAACUGCCUCUGCCGUUUAUGUUGUCUUUUGUAAAGCAUCACUUAGCCUGGGAUGACUCACAUUUAUGGAUGUACAAACCAGAUGAUUAUGGAUGUUAUAUGGAUGUAGAAACCAGGAACAUAUGCUUUCGUGAUCACGACCAGAAGACGUGGUUCAGAUAUUACACAGAAUGUAUUCCUUUCGGUUUUAUGUUGUUUCCAGACGACAACAACCACCCAAUUGUAAAUGACUUUGAGGUGAAUGGAGUAAAAACGUGACUGACUGGACCCUCUGCUUUUCCCAUAGAGGUACAGAUGGAAACUGACACACAAAGCCCACCAUGUCCUGUUACAUUAAUGUCCUGGGAAUAAUGGUUCACUCACACAAAAAUUGUCCACCUACCUUUCUGGGGGGAACAAAGGGAUCCUGCCCUCAGUCUAGCACUGCUUUUCACUUCUGUUAUAUCGAAGUCUUCCUUGUACAUUUUCCUCUGAGGCAAUGAACCACUGACUUUUUAAUCUAAAUGGUAAAAAAUAAAUUAUUAGGUAAUGAA